CGGAUUCGUCUCCAGUUGCGCCGCAGAAGAGACUCCGCUCACUUCGCGGAGCCUUCGCUCUCACCUGCGCCAGCCGAGAGGAUGUCUGGGUCCCUCCCCCGGUGUCUGUCGGUGCGCGCCCCCGUCUGAACAACUUUCCCCGGGUCUGAUGUGUCCCCACGGAGCGUCUUCUGCGAGAGAGAAUGCGUCUUCUGGUUUUGGUGACUUUAUGUGGAGUCCUUCUCAACGCAGGCGAUGCCCUUCAGAUCCAGUGCUACCAGUGUGAGGAGACGAAGCACAAUGACUGCUCCACGCCGGAGUACAUCGUCAACUGCACCGUCAACGUGCAGGACAUGUGCCAGAAGGAGGUGCUGGUCAAAGCUGACGGGACCCAUUAUCGGAAGUCCUGCGCCUCCUCCGGAGCCUGCCUCAUCGCCUCCUCGGGGUACCAGCAGUUCUGCACCGGCAGGCUCAACUCGGUCUGCAUCUCCUGCUGCAACAGCCCGCUGUGCAACGGGCCCCGGAGGAAGCGCCCCGCCCCCUCGGCCGGGACGUCCCAGCGGCCUCUUCUCUUCUUCCCCGCCUCCCUCCUGAUGCUCCUGUGUGUGACGUAGACUGAGCAUCACAGUUGUCCCCUUCAGGCCAAAUCUGUAGAUACAAGUUUUGGCAAGUUUCGACAUUUGGGGAACCUGUUUAUCAGUGGAUGAUACAUUAAGACGCGAUAGUGGUAUUGAUUGUAUGAGGCUACAGCCAGUGACCGGUUUGGUUUCCUUAGCUUAGCGCCAAACAGCGAGAAACCGCCUGGAUGCAACAAAAUCCCUAUUUGACAUUUGACUUGAUGGUUAUUUCAGCUGUACAACAGUUGCGUGGCAGGUUUCUAGGGGAAUUAAACAUUACUUACGCGACUUUGA